UGGCUUUUAUAGGCCUAGGAUAACAUGUCUACAAAGUUUCAUUGAAAUCGGAGAGGGUCGGGUACAAAAGUACCAGAAAAAUUCCUGAUUUGAGAUGGAAUUGCUCCAUAGGUACUUCGAGUACCGCAGGAAUAAAAUAGACCCACCAAGCGGUCCAUUAGCUUCUUGUCCAGUAACUCCGAUACCCUGGCCUCCCCCGCGGCGCUAGCCGGGGAUACUAGUAACCAUUGGAGAGAUUUGUUUAUUUGUUUAUUUGUUUAUUUGAAUCAUCCGACAACUUGUGGUCUUAAUGAUAAAACUUAACUUAACUAAAGACAAAUGCUAACAACAUGAAACACAAAAACAGAUUAAAGCUGGUGAGAGUACCAGAGUCGGGCUCGUUGUUGAAACUGCGGGGUGGAGAUGCUGGGAUCGUACAGGUGGGAAAAUACGUUGAAUCGGCUACACAUGAAACGAACUGGUUCGUGCUGUUCAUAAUUGGUGUUGCGGUGAGCAAGUUGUAGAUAUUGGCGUUGACGAAGUGGCCGAGUAGGUGUGUAGAUUUGAAUUUGAGCGCGAAUCCAAGGAGUGUCAACUUCACUGGCCAGUACUUUGGCAACAAACGUUGCUUGUGAGACGUGCCGCCUCCGCUCUAGAGUCUCUAGCUGCAAGACACGACAACGUUUUUCGUACGUGUUCCAACCGGCAGGAUUCCUUGCACGGCGAAGGGCAAGCCGGGUGAAUUUUCGCUGAACUGAUUCGAUUUUAGCAGUCCAAGAUGGAUCUUACCAGCGCGCAGUAUAAUGAACGUAAGCACGCGACAUCUCGGAAGUCAUCAGCGAACCUAAAGAUGCAUCCAAGCUGUCGAUUGGCUCUGGACACGAUGUCAUGGAGGUGGAUAGUGAAACACAAUUUGCUAUCAAGGGUAACGCCCAGGUCACGUACUUGGGUUACCCGAGCAAGAGUGUUUCCGGCGAUGGCAUAGUCGAAGACCACGGGUUUGAGUUUACGGUGGAAAGAGAUUGUGCUACACUUUUCUAUGCUGAUCGUCAGGAAGUUACGCACGCACCAUUCGUUAAAGUGGUUUAACUGUCUUUGCAGAGCUGAGCAGUUCAAAACGCUUCUAACAACGGUUAAGAUUUUGACAUCAUCAGCGUAAAACAACCGGCACCCUUCGCUUAGCAGCAUCGACAGUUCGUUGGCGAAAAGUAUGAACAGUAACGGACCUAAAUUACUGCCUUGAGGAACGCCAGAGAGACUUAUGAACAUGUCUGACUCAGAGUUCCCUAUCUUGACUCGCAGAAUCCGGUUGGUGAGGUAAGACUUCAGCCAACGAACGAGACUGGCGGAGACUCCGAGUCUUUCCAGUCGUUUUAGCAAAACUCCGUGGUCAACCCGAUCGAACGCCGCCUUCAAGUCUGUGUACACUGCGUCGACUUGAGCUCCAGCAUCCAUUUCUUGAAGACAAUGUGACACGAAUUGAGCAAGAUUCGUGACAACAGAGCGUUUAGGGUAGAAGCCAUGCUGAUCCGUGGAAAUGUAGUUUUUGCAAGAGUCAAACAGAACAUUAUUGACCAGAAUUUCGAAGACCUUCGAACAAGCCGAGAGAGAGGUGAUUCCACGGUAAUUUUUGACGCUGCUUUUGUCACCUUUCUUGUGCACAGGGAACAUAAAAGAGGCUUUCCACUUAUCCGGGAAGGUGCUUUGCCGCAAAGAUAGGUUGAACAGGCAGGUCAAGGGGGAAAGGAGUGCACCAGAACAUCGUUUGAUAACCGAAGAGGGAAUUCCGUCGGGACCGGGCGAAUAGGAGAGUUUGAGCUUGUUAAUAGCAGCAGAUACUUGGCAAUUCGCAACUUCCAUGAGGGAACACUCGAUAGCAUUGAUGGGAGUGUUCCUUGUGGCUUCGAUAAUUUCCGCCUCCGAAGCGAACCUGGAAUUGAACGCGUCCUUGAAGUGGGCAGCAAACAGGGCACAUUUCUCCUCUGAAGUCGCAGCAGCAACAUCGUCCAGGUAUAAUGUGGGUGGCAGACCGUCCGCUUUUCUUUUUGAGUUCACGAAUGACCAAAAGUUCUUAGGAUUUCUCCGGAGAUCACACUGCGUCCUUAUGACGUAUCGCCUGUAGAGGGUGCGGUUGUACCCCCGGUAUCUUUUGCUGGCAAGGUUGAAUUUGGAUUUGAAGAAAGGCGAGCGGUGAUUGCUGAAUUCUUGAAGAGCAGCUGUUUUGAGUCGGUUUAGUUUCCGUAGAUCGGGUAAACAAACCCCGGUGGGAACUCUGGUAGUAUGCUGACAGGGAAGGGGAGCUCCAUCCUCUUCGGAGAGUGUAGCUAUGCCGUUAGGCCUGGUGAGAAAAGCCCCCGUUUCGGUGUCGAAAGAAAACCGGAGCUGGGUCUCGGUAGCUUCAGAGUGGCAGCCCCACCGCGAGACUAGGUAUUCGCAGCUCCAAUCCAGCUGCAUAACGAAAAUCACAUCAUUACGAACAAUCAAGAAGGAAUAAGGAUCCGGAACAAACGGCAUAGACCUAGGCACGAAAAGGACACCGAUUGUAUACUCGGAACAUUUAACUGCAGAUCGCUACGUUUCGAUGGGUACGCUCUGUUGAACGAGCUCAAACCCCGCAAAUUCGAUGUUGUAGCACUGUGCUGGAAGGGAGCGAAGAUGUGGGAGGAUGAUGCUUUGGAGCUCACCAUGUAUAAGAGCGGUGGAGCCGAAAACAAGCUGGGAACCGGCUUCAUAGUGUUGGGUCGUGUGAUAGAUUGGGAGCCGAUCGACGACCGGAUGUCUAGGUUGAGGAUUAAGGGCCGUUUCUUCAGCUGUCACAUAUUCAACGUACAUUGCCCAUAUGAGGAAUCAUCCGAUGCCGAGAAGGAAGCGUUCUACGCGAAGCUGGAGCAGAAGUUUGACAGCUGCCCGCAGAGGGACGUCAAGAUCGUCAUCGGAGAUAUGAACGCCUGCAAAGGAAGGGAGGAGAUGAACAAGCCGGUGAUCGGUCCGAACAGCCUGCACAUCGUCACGAACGACAACGGCCAGCGGUGCAUCAACUUCGCAGCCUCCCGCGGUAUGGUGGUACGGAGCACAUUCUUCCCCCGGAAAGACAUCCACAAAGUCACCUGGACAUCGCCUAACCAACAAACAAAAACACAAAUCGACCACGUCUUCAUCGACAGCCCAUUCUUCUCGGACAUACGGAACAUCCCUACCGCGGUGGUACGGACAUCCACUCAGACCACUACCUGGUGGGUGCAAGCAUGCACUCAAAACUGUCGACGACGUACCACCGACGUCGGAGGCUCCCACCGCCGUUCAACACCGAGCGGCUGCAGGACACGGCUGUGGCUCAGCACUACGUGCAGCAGCUAGAAGCGAGCCUGCCAAUGGAGGAGGAACUCGGCGCUGCCUCGCUCAACGAUGGAUGGAGCAGAAUAUGCUCGGCCAUCGGCAGUGCCGCUGAAGCCGCGCUAGGUAAUACGGUCCGAGUUGGAAAGCAGCGCUGGUUCGACGAGGAGUGCCAGCGGCUACUUGACGAAGUAGCAGCUUAUGCUGUGAAGCUGAGAGCCGCAACUGAGGAGAACGUGGCCAGAUACAAACAAGCGCUGAAACAGUAGAGAACGGUCAUCAAGCUCAAGAAGCGCCAGCUGGAAGAUCGUGAUCGCGCCGAAAUGGAGAAGCUGUUCCGACAGAACGAGACGCGAAAGUUCUACGAGAAGGUUAACCAGUCCUGAAAAGGCUAUGCGCCGCAAGCCAACACUGGUCGGGUCCCCGAGGGGUACGGGUGGCAGCAGUUCUUCAAAGACCACCUUUACGGCGAUGUAGCGCAUGGAGACGGCUUUGAAGCCCAACUUGGACCGCUGACCAACAGUUCCCGGCACCUGAUCUGGAGACGGUGAAGAAGGAGAUCAGUCAGCUGAAGAACAACAGGGCCGCCGGUGAAGAUCGGUUACCCGGUGAGCUCAUAAAAUAUUGAAGAGAGCAGUUGGCGUACGCGCGGAGGUUCGUGGGCCCCUAUCAAGCGGGUUUUACUGGCGCUCGGGCCACCACGGACCAAAUUUUCUCGCUCCGGCAGAUCCUCGAGAAAUGCCGUGAGUACAACAUGCCCACACAUCUCAUCUUCAUCGAUUUCAAGGCAACGUACGAUACAGUCGACCACGAAUAGUCAAGACACGGUCAAAACGCCUUUUUAAGUUUUCAUCUGGUUCUUGAAAGGCCAACUAUCCCUCUUUCAUUUGCAUCUAAGACACUUAAAAUCGGCUGAAAUGGAGCGGAGUUAUUAUUUUUUUUUGAAAAAAAUGUGGUUUUGCGAAAAUUUACGAAAAUUGACACUUAUGGGACCACCCUAGCAAUGUGUAGGUCACCCUAAUGGCCAAACAAAAAAAAAUACGGUACUUAUUAUUUUGGCCAAAGAACCCCCCUUUUUUGUAGGGAAUUCCUGUAGGUAUAUAUAGGAUAUUUUGUCCCAAGACCUUCAAAACAGCAUUUCUAGAGUUUUUUUUUAAAGGUCCUAUAAGCUAUUGUGUUUUACAUGUUUAUAGGACUCAAUAAAAAAAUAGUCUAGAAUUUA